CAGAUUGUGUUGCAUUCCCCAUGUAUAAAAAGUGAAUUCACUCCACGACAUAGCAAAUCUGUUUGAUUGAUUACUAUGUCGACUAGCGUAUCCGAGAUUCAGAGUGGGGAUCUUGUGGCGGUGACUGUCGACGAUGAGUGCCCGGUGAAGCAGGUGGAUAUUACAGUGCCGAAAACCGAUGACCCCAACUUGCCGGUUCUCACAUUCAGAAUGUGGGUUCUGGGGAUUGCGGCUUGUGUCAUUCUCUCGUUUGUAAACCAAUUCUUCUGGUACAGAUCCAACCCACUGUCGGUAUCUUCGAUUGCUGCGCAAAUUGCUGUCGUGCCGCUUGGUCAUUUGAUGGCCAAGACGCUUCCGACUAGACACUUUUUCCAAGGCACACGAUUCCAGUUCACUAUGAAUCCUGGACCCUUCAAUAUAAAGGAGCAUGUUCUGAUUACCAUUUUUGCCAAUUCUGGUGCUGGCUCUGUUUAUGCUACUCAUAUUUUGACUGCUGUUAAGCUGCUCUACAAGAGACAACUUACUUUCCUUCCUGCUUUGUUAAUUAUGCUCACUACUCAGAUUCUUGGAUUUGGCUGGGCUGGAAUUUUUAGGAAAUAUUUGGUUGAGCCAGGGGAGAUGUGGUGGCCAUCUAAUUUGGUUCAAGUCUCAUUGUUCAGGGCUCUACAUGAGAAGGAAAAGAGACCAAAACAAAGCACUACUCUUACACAAUUCUUCAUCUUGGCCAUGAUUUGCAGCUUUGCUUACUAUGUUGUUCCUGGCCAUCUUUUCAUGAUGCUUACCUCUUUCUCUUGGCUCUGUUGGUUUAACUCCAAGUCUCUUUUGCUUCAUCAAAUGGGUUCUGGCAUGAAGGGUCUUGGACUUGGCGCAUUUGGCAUAGAUUGGUCGACAAUUUCAUCUUACCUUGGAAGUCCCCUGGCUAGUCCUUGGUUUGCCACUGCCAAUGUUGCUGUGGGGUUUGUUCUCGUGAUGUAUGUCAUGACACCUCUCACUUAUUGGUUUAAUGUCUAUGGGGCCAAGAAGUUUCCCAUAUAUUCAAGCAGCCUUUUCAUGGCUAAUGGUUUGAAGUACAAUAUUUCAAGCAUAGUCAAUUCUAAUUUUCAUCUUGAUCGAGGUGUUUACACUACGACUGGGCCUUUAAAUCUCAGUACCUUCUUUGCAAUGACUUAUGGUCUUGGAUUUGCUACACUUUCUGCUACAGUUGUGCAUGUUCUCCUCUUCAAUGGAAGGGAAUUAUGGAACCAGAGCAAAAGUGCAUUUGGUGGGAAGAGAAAGAUCGAUAUACAUACAAAGCUUAUGCGAGCUUAUAAAAAAGUACCAACAUGGUGGUUCAUCGUCAUCCUUGUGUUGAACAUUGGUCUCUCUAUUUUUGCUUGUCAAUAUUACAAUGCCUCACUUCAAUUGCCUUGGUGGGGUGUACUCUUAGCUUGCUUCAUUGCCUUCUUCUUCACACUUCCCAUUGGCAUCAUUGCUGCCACCACAAACCAGGCACCUGGUUUGAACAUUAUUACAGAAUACAUCAUUGGUUAUGCAUAUCCCGAACGCCCGGUUGCCAACAUGUGUUUCAAAGUGUAUGGAUAUAUCAGCAUGACACAAGCUCUAACAUUUGUGUCCGACUUUAAACUUGGUCACUACAUGAAGAUUCCACCUAGGACAAUGUUCAUGGCCCAGGUUGUAGGGACAAUCAUAGCAGUGUUCGUAUACAUUGGAACUGCUUGGUGGCUGAUGGAAUCGAUUCAAGAUUUGUGCGAUACCAACCUGCUACCAGAAAACAGCCCCUGGACUUGCCCAAUGGAUCGAGUGUUCUUUGAUGCUUCUGUAAUAUGGGGGCUCGUUGGGCCUCGUAGAAUCUUCGGAGACCUUGGAGAAUAUGGAGCGGUAAAUUGGUUCUUUGUUGGUGGAGCGAUGGCCCCUUUGCUUGUAUGGAUUGCACACAAGAUGUUCCCCAAGCACAGAUGGAUUAGCCUUAUCCACAUGCCAGUUCUGUUGGGUGCUACAUCAAUGAUGCCUCCAGCUAGCGCGGUAAACUUCACGAGUUGGCUGAUCUGUGGUUUCGUAUUCGGAUACUUCCUUUUCAGAUACAAGACGGAGUGGUGGAAGCGUUAUAACUAUAUCCUAUCCGGAGGGUUGGAUGCUGGAACUGCCUUCAUGACAAUACUCAUCUUUCUUACAUUGGGAUCGAAGGGCAUUGACUGGUGGGGAAACAAUACUGAUGGAUGCCCCUUGGCCUCUUGCCCUUCUGCCAGAGGAGUUAUCGUUGAUGGCUGCCCUGUUUUCUGAUCUCAUCUUUCAUAGCUUAGCAAACUUUUCUUUUCUUGUUAGAUUACUCUCUCCCCUCCUUUCUUCAGUACAGAACAACUUUAAGAAUUAUUGAAAUGUAGACCACCUAUAAUUUCAGCAAAUUAAGUUGCACAACAUAAUGAAUCUAAUAUAAAUUAA